UAUUUGUUGUCCUUGGAUACAGGCUGUUCUGUACAGGUGCCCCAUGAGAGUCUACGUUGGAAAGUGAUUUCCGAUAACUCAAUUUAUAAACCCGUAGAAACCAACCGACAAGAUACCACGAAAAAAGGACUCCUACAUUCGUGUCCGUAGUGGCAAGAUGACUACGGAUGAUGCGAAGUCGUAUCUGUCAAAGAGGGAGAUCCCUCGACUUUUUGAGUCGUUGAUGACUGGUUUGAUGUACCAUCGCCCGACGGACCACAUCAAAUACCUGAUUGACUGUCUGCACAAGGUACAGGACAAGGGCUCCAACAACAUCACAUGGAGUGCCUUUGUGGACAUACGCCGAACCAAGACACCUUUGCCUCCUAUCACACCUCCUGAUGGCAAAAAAAGGCGAUCCAGACCGUCAUCUAGACAAAAGGAACCAUCAAAAAUAGAGGAGGACAAGAAGAAUCUUGAUGACAAGAAGGCGUCACCCUUACCUCCGAUCACCAAGAGUGAGGACGGCGUGCCUGAUGUACCAGUCAUACUCAUUGUGGGUGGUCCAGGCAGUGGGAAGCUGACACAAGUGAAACUGUUACAGAAGACAUACCCAGGAUGGGUGCAUCUGUCCAUGGGAGACCUGCUGAGGUCAGAGAUCGCAGACAAGGGGUCAGCCGAGGACAAGUGGGAGAUGAUCGGUGAUCUUGUCAACAGAGGAGAGAUGGCUCCAGAGGACAUCACAGCAGACCUCAUCCUCAAAAGUCUGAAGAGCCACCCCAAAGCUGAGGGUUUCAUUCUGGAGGGCUACCCCCGUACAGUCACCCAGAUGAAGGAGUUUGACAAAAUUGUUGGUCGGUUGGACAUGGCCUUUAUGCUAGACUGUGACGAGCACUGCUGCACACAGAGGUUGUUACAGAGGGGCAAACAGGAGGGCAGAGUCCAUGACAACAUUAACGCUGUACAGCGCCGCCUCACAGCCUUCAAAAAUAACACACUACCUGCUGCCAAAGUCCUUGAUGACAGGGGCAAACUCUUUGUGAUAAACGCAGACAGGGACAUAAAGGAGAUUGCCUUUGAGCUUGGACAAUGCUUCCAAAAAUCUAUUUUUGGAGACAAAAAAGGCAAAAAGUUGGUACCACCAAGGUGUACUGUACCAAACCCCCCAGAAGAAGGGUCAGUUCCAGUAGCGGCCACUUAUGAACGUCCAGCUGAAGCUAUAGCGCGAACUAAAUCACAGCUCGAAGACAGUAUGGCACUGGCCAAGGAUGCCCCAGAAAUAGUGAAUAAAGAUGAAGGUCGGAAACCAGAACUACCAACCUGUCCCAUCAUAGUCCUGGCAGGUGGACCAGGCAGUGGGAAAGGUACCCAAGCCAAGAUGAUCAUUGAGCGCUACCCAGGGACAGUCCAUGUAUCAAUGGGAGACAUCCUUAGGACUGAGAUCAGUCAAAAGGGCACAGCGGACCAGAAGUGGGGAAUGAUCAGCUCCCUAGUACAGCAAGGAGAGAUGGCACCCGAGGAGGUGACAGUAGACUUACUUAAAGAUAACUUAGCAAAACACAAGGACGCAUCAGCCAUUAUCCUGGAGGGCUACCCUAGGGACAAGACACAGGUGGAGGAGUUCAACAAAUAUAUUGGUGGGCUGAACUUUGUGCUGUUGAUAGACAGUGAAGAAUAUUACAUGCAGAAGCGACUUGUAGACCGAGGGAAGGAGACGGAGAGAAUUGAUGAUAAUCUGAGCGCUAUCUCCAGUAGAAUUAAUUUCUUCCGUAAUAAAACACUACCUGUUUUAAAACACUAUGAUGACAAUGGCAAACUUGUCGCAUUGUAUGGUGACAGAGACAUCCAGGAAGUGUUCUUUGAUGUAACCCAGGUGUUAGAUAAAGCUUUCUUUGGUGAUAAAGCCCAGCAGCAGCCUGCUCCACCAUCUGAAGAUGCCGCUUUAGACACAUCGGUGCUGAAGGACACAAAGAUCGUGUUUGUUGUGGGUGGGCCGGGCAGUGGUAAGGGGACACAGUGUGAGAGGAUUGUACAACAGUUUGGCUUCACCCAUCUCUCCACUGGUGACCUUCUGAGGGCAGAGGUCGCGUCAGGGUCGGCCAGGGGCAAGGAACUCACGAGUAUCAUGGAGAGUGGACAACUUGUACCCCUGGAUGUGGUACUACAGCUGCUGAAGGAGAAAAUGAUGGCAGCUGCUGCAACCAGCUCCGGUUUCCUCAUUGAUGGCUACCCUCGUGAGAUGGAGCAGGGGACCAGGUUUGAAAAUGAGGUGGCCCCCUGUACUUGUGUCCUGUACUUCGAGGCAUCAGAUGAGACAAUGACUCAGCGUCUCCUUGGUCGCGCCCUCACCAGUGGCCGUGUGGACGACAAUGAGGAAACUAUCAAAAAGAGGCUGACAACAUUCCACGACAUCACAACUCCAGUCAUCGACUAUUUCACUCAGCACGAUAAGGUCAAAAAGGUGUCAGCAGAGAGACAUGUGGAUGAAGUUUACGGCGAUGUCAAAACUAUAUUUGAUGAACUUGUUCCUGGAAGCACUGUUCCUAAAAAAGGUGCUCCCACAACUCCUCCACCAGAGGUCCCAACGACUCCUCCACCAGAGGUCCCCACAACUCCUCCACCAGAGGUCCCCACAACUCCUCCACCAGAGGUCCCCACUCAGGAGACCACACCAGUUGAUACCUCCAUUCUCAAAGACACAAAGGUUGUGUUUGUUGUCGGUGGGCCGGGCAGUGGUAAGGGGACACAGUGUGAGAGGAUUGUACAACAGUUUGGCUUCACCCAUCUCUCCACUGGUGACCUUCUGAGGGCAGAGGUCGCGUCAGGGUCGGCCAGGGGCAAGGAACUCACGAGUAUCAUGGAGAGUGGACAACUUGUACCCCUUGAUGUGGUGCUACAGCUGCUGAAGGAGAAAAUGGUGGCAGCUGCUGCAACCAGCUCCGGUUUCCUUAUUGAUGGCUACCCUCGAGAAAUGGAGCAGGGGACAAGGUUUGAAAAUGAGGUAACUCCAUGCACAUGUGUCCUGUACUUCGAGGCAUCAGAUGAGACGAUGACUCAGCGUCUCCUUGGUCGCGCCCUCACCAGUGGCCGUGUGGACGACAAUGAGGAAACUAUCAAAAAGAGGCUGACAACAUUCCACGACAUCACAACUCCUGUUAUAGAUCACUUCUCACAGCAGGAAAAACUCAAAAAGGUGUCAGCAGAGAGAGAUGUAGCUGAUGUGUUCACAGAUGUACAGGAGAUAUUCAAUAACAUCACUGGAGCUAAAGCUAAAAAGGAGAGUACAGAUGCCGCGCCCAGUCUCAAGGAUGCCAAAGUGAUAUUUGUUGUCGGUGGACCGGGUAGUGGUAAAGGAACACAGUGUGCUAAGAUAGUUGAGAAGUAUGGAUUCUGUCAUCUCUCAUCGGGGGAUCUCCUCCGGGAAGAGGUCUCCUCAGGCUCCGACCGUGGCAAACGGCUCAACGAAAUUAUGGAGAAAGGAGAGCUAGUGACUCUGGAUGAAGUACUGGCCUUAUUGAGAAAUGCUAUGGAAGCCAAAAUAAGCACUUCAAAAUGUUUCCUUAUUGAUGGAUACCCCAGGGAACUAGAGCAGGGCACCAGGUUUGAAAACGAGAUCGUGGAAUGCACAAGUGUGGUGUACUUUGAGGUGCCAGAUGAGGUUAUGACUGAGAGACUUCUGGAGCGUGGAAAGACAAGUGGGCGUGUGGAUGAUAACGAGGAAACAAUAAAGAAACGGUUAGAAACCUUCCACAACCAGACGAAACCGGUCGUAGACCACUACGCAUCAAAGGACAAAGCUGUGAAGAUUGUAGCAACAGGAACGGUUGAUGAAAUAUUUGCAGAAGUACAGAAAUUCAUGGACAGCAAAACCUGGUAGUGUUACACCAAUGUAAUCACCAUAGUAACUGUUGCUAUGGAUACGAACAUGAAUAAAUAUAUAUCAUUUAUGGUGUUUACUUAAUGAAGUAAUGCUGUUGUUAAUAUAAAUAUAUAAGUAUGUGACUGCAACUUUGUAUCAAUCAGUUAGAAAACAAGCUCAUAUGUAUGCAUAAAUACAUGUAUGAAUUGGUGAUUAAUAAAUGGUAUGACAUGUCUCCUGUUAACAUGAGAGCCGUUUUCAUAGAUAAUAUCUAAAGAAAAAAAUAUUUCAUUCGUGGAUAAAAUUUAAAGUUCAAUUCAUUUUUCACUAAUCAAUUUAAAUUAAUCCUUGUUUCCUUAUUGAUCUUCUCUCCUAUCUGUUUUUGGUAUUAAGAUAAUUUAUCUUAAUCUUAAUCUAUUGAUUAAUGCGACUCCGAAGCUGCAGUGGAUUUCUGUAAACAGUACUCACUUUGUAACGGAAGGAAACCCCGCAGAACAAACUUGUAAUAAUACGAAUAUCCACAGUAGCAAUUAUAAAAGUGACAAUUUAGAUAUAACAAGGUCGGUUCUUAAGAACAGUAGUGAUAAUUCACCAGACUACCCUGGCUACAUUAUCGGAACGCGGUCUGUAAGAUUGGGGCUAGAUUAUGAUCCACUGACUUUUAAUUCAGCUACACCAUAUACAUUUUAUUCAUAUAAGGUUAUUGUUGUUGUGUUACACAAUCUGUCGAUUGCUAUGAUGCUUUGAUGGUAACUGUACUCUGACGAUUUCGGGUCAAUAACUCCUCCGAGUUACGUGUAAUUGCUCAAUUUUAUACUUUUUUAAUGAAGUGCCUCCAUCGUAGUAAAUAAAACAUUUGAUUAUUUUGUGAUUUUCUGCAAGAGAUAUCCAAAACCAGAACAACGCAAAUAGGCUCGAAAUACUAUUCUUUGUAAAAUGUGGUGUUUUUCGUGAAAUUCACUUUUUGCCGAUUUUGUUAAUUUGCAAUUAACAUGAAAUUUUAUUAUUAAUAUUACAUCUUCCCAACGACAAUGCGAAUUGAAAUAUCAGACCAGUUACAGUUCCUUAUGUAUAUAUAGGAAUAUGAAUGAGGGUGAAGUUAAAUGAUCUUGGUCAUAUUCAAGAUAUUUUCGUGAAAUAUCUUGAAAGAGAUAUUACGGACAUACCACCAAUACUGGUUAAGCGCAUAUAAUAUGUUAACAACAAUUUAACAUCAGGAUGAGACAUUGAUAUCUGUUACUCAUACAGACCAUUAUAUAUCUUCAGUAUGUUCCUGCACUACUUAUAUGUGCUUCGUAUAACAAAUAUUACAUCUGUUUCGCUAUGAUGUACAACUCUCCACAGCUUUCAGUUUCCUAGUAUUUCGGAUGGUAUCCUCACUUUGCAGGAUAUCUUUAAUUCUCCCCAGUUAUAUAGUUAUUGUUUUCCCUUUAUUAGCUGUUUCGUUUUACCGCUCAUACCCACACUUACAUGGCCUCGUCUACUAGGCUAUUCUGUAUACUCAAUGAUUGAUCAGAAUAUGGCCUAUACGUCGGGCCUGUGUUUGGUUACAUCUUUUAGCCUGAUGUUUGGUCCGGUAUCGACCUUUUUAUUGAUCGGCCCUGUCUGUGUUGGUGUGAGCAGUGAUGUAUGUUGUGUUUACGGUAACCUAACUGUUGUGAACAGUGCCUUAUUCUGUGAUAGUGUGCAAGACGUUUUACUAAAUGCUAUUUAUAUUUUCCGUUAUCUGACAGAAGGAAUGUUGCUUAAGCGCUGUAUUUUAUGUAGUGUUCCGCAUCCUCGUUUUCCCUAACUGUCAAACUGUUUCUGUGUAUAAUUUUUAUUAAAUAAACUUGUGUCAACACCU